UCCCUGGUGGAGCUACGAGGAAACCUCUACACUAUUCAGUAACAGCCAGUUCAUGUACUAAAUACAAACAGGUACAAAAUCCUCUCAAUAUUUGCAGGCAACCCCAACGUUUUGCUGAUCAGAUCCUUGCAUUUUGUUAUUUCAAGUGCUUGGGGCCUCCAUGACAAAGAGGAAAUAUUUUCAGAAUAGAUGAUUUCUGACAUUGCUUUACAGCUACAUAUUAUGGGUGUGCAUACACACACAAUAUAUACAUAUAUAUAUACGUACACACAUGCACAUACCUAUACAUAUGCCUAUCUGUGGGCACUUUUGAACAGCCGUCUGAGUUGAUAACAGUGCAAUUUGCCGCAUUCAUUUCUGAUUUCUCCAGGGCUCUGGAAUUUCAGGGUCAGACUUCUCACAUUAGGGAAUAAAUAUAAUGUGUUGUUUCAAAUGAUGGUUUAAAUAAAAAGGAAAAAAAAAAAGCAGCAAUACAGCACAUCACAAUAGUUGGUUAAAUAUAGACAUGGAUUACAGAGCCAUUGUUUUCACUCCUGCUAAAUAAGACAGUACUCUUAAAAUGGAACGACACUUGACCUUUCAUGUCUCAUCAGUCUGUGAUUGUAUUUAACUGGCGCAGGGAGGAAACAUUUUCCCCCUGGAACUGUCCCCUGUUGAUAUGACGGUCACUACUGCUGGGUCGCACAAUGCUCAGAAGGCAGAAACUCGGUGCCCCCGAACACAAGAGGGAUCCUGCAGCUCAUGGAGGAACUUUGUCCAUGUCCCACAAUAACACACGCUCUUUUUUCAACUUUUCUCAGCUUGUGCUCUCUGCUGGCCAUCUCAAAUCACCAUCAGUGCUCAAACAUUCAAAAAUUACUUACUUUGAAGUGGAAAUCCUUGAUGUGCAAAGCAAGAAGCAGAUCUGCAUUGUGGACAAGGUACCUCCAUCAUCCACUCUUCUUGAUGUGAAACACAAAUUUCACAAAGCAUGUCCCCAGUGGUACCCUUCCCGUGUUGGUCUGCAACUGGAACGCAAUGGGCCCUACCUGAAGGACUCCGUUAACAUUCAAAGCCUUGCAGUUUCCUCCAUCAUUACACUGUAUUUUACAGACCUGGGUCAGCAGGUUGGUUGGACUACAUUUUUUCUAACAGAGUACACCGGGCCUCUUCUAAUAUAUCUGCUCUUUUACAUUCGCCUCUCAACUAUUUAUGAUCAAGUGGAAAGUACGAAGAACUUCCGCCACCCAGUGGUUCACUUGGCCUGCUUCUGCCAUUGUUUACACUACAUCAGACAUCUUCUGGAGACGUUAUUUGUUCACAAGUUUUCUGGAGGGCACACUCCUCUGAAAAAUAUGAUAAAGGGCUGCGCCUUUUACUGGGGAUUCACUUCUUGGAUCGCAUACUACAUCAACCAUCCGCGAUAUACGCCACCAUCAUUUGGCCAUAGACAAGUGUCUCUUGCUGCCCUUGGUUUUCUGAUGUGUGAAGCUGGAAAUCACUUUAUCAACGUAGCGUUAGCUCACCAAAAUCACUCAGGAAGUAAAGCCUGUUUUCCAAGUCCAACCUACAACCCCUUCACAUGGCUCUUCUUGCUGGUAUCCUGUCCCAACUAUACAUACGAGGUUGGCUCUUGGAUCAGUUUCACGGUGAUGACACAAACACUGCCAGUCGGCAUUUUUGCUUUCCUGAUGGUCAUCCAGAUGUCUCUCUGGGCCCAAAAGAAACACAAGCUGUACCUGAAGAAAUUUUAUCCAGAGGUGCGGAGAAAAGCAGCUAUGAUUCCUAUCAUCUUCUGAGCCCUUCACAGGAGUUGAAGCCUAAGUGUACAGCUCAAUAACUAAUGCAGAGUAAAUGAGCCAUUGAAUUCAGUAACCAAAGAGGACAAACUACUGGAUAUCUUUUUCAGAAAAAUAACAGAUCAAAAAGAAGAGGUUUUAAUUAAGUGGAAAAAAAAUAGUUCUUGAAUUCUUCUUUCCCUCUAAAAGAUUUUUAAUUAAUUUUCUGCAAUGGAGCUAAUUGGGAGAUGAUGAGAAAAUUGUUUAUGUUGAAUAUUAGGCUAGAUAUUUAGCAGGUGUAAAUGGGCACAGAUACUGCUGGAAUACACCUCAACUGCAUGCAUUCAGAUCUGGUGAUUUUAAGGUUUGGUGUUAGAUGUUGACCAGAUGCAUGGAUUUUUGCAUCUAUUAAACUGCACAGAAACAGCAUGUCCUGCCUCAACUCCUCUAAAGCAUCACAUCAAAGGAUGACUUGCUAAGCUGCUAAAACAGUUUAGACUUCUUUUACAACUUUUUUUUUCUGUCUUUGUUUUUUAUUUGAUUCUGAUAGCAAAUUGUUCAAUACAAAUUGGCUUAAAAUGAUUCACUGCAGAGAUGUCUGGUUUUCUUUUAUUUUCAGGUAGGCAGAUCAGCCCCGCAGUCCCAGGAGGGGACUGUUUGUGAGCUGCUUCCCAACUUGCUACUAAU